GCGCGGCUACAGCGAUGGUAUCGAAUGUUUGCAGCUCGAGCACAGUAGUCGAAUGACGAACGACGCAGAGCCACGGCGACCAGCACAGGGAACGGCUCCAGAUGCCUAGGUCAGGGAUGAUGAGCGGGAUUGGAUUUAAUCUCACCUUGUGUCCCCUUUUUUCUCCAGCAGCAAAAACCACGCUCGACGGCGUGGAUAGCAACUUUUGGGGGAGAGGAAAGGAGCUCCGGGGGGAGAGGCAGCAACAGGAGCAAGAGACGACGACGAGACCGAUGUGUAAAGCCGACGAAUGGCUUGCUUGCUUCGUUUGCGGGAGGAGGGAGAGGAGGGAGGGAAGCAAGGAAGAGUUGUAGUCGGCAAGGUAGUGUAAUUAGUACGUGGUCUUGGGAUGGGGAUGGAUGAGGGACCGACAGACAG